AUAAAGUCGGUAUUGGACUGUUGGUAUACUACGUGGAUGUUAAUUAGAUUAGCUGAUUAAAGUAUUAGGAUAAUUUUCAUAAGUUUCAUAAGGUCGGUAUUGGACUGCGUUUAUAUCUUGCCCUUGACAUGCUUAUCAAGUCAACCGAGUCAUUAAACUAUUAAAGUAUUAGGCAGCUUGUUACAAAUUUCCUCUUACUCUGAGAAUUCCUACUCAAACAACUAUUUUCUGAUCUUCUUACCAAAUGACUCUGACAUAAAUGGAGAAAUUUUGGUUUCUGUACUUUGUCAUGAAUCAUAGCCUAAUGUUAGCAGCAGGUAAUACUUAUUACCGAUGCUACACCACCGGCAACUUCAGCAGUGACAGUCAGUAUAUCCAAACUCGGAAUAGCCUACUCUCGGCACUUGCUGAUGGUGUUAAAGACCAGGGUGGUUUUUACAGAUUUACUGCCGGAGUGUAUCCUCCAACACCAGUUCCUGACUGUCUAGGCCUUUGUAGGAAAGACCUGAUAUCUUCUGAUGACUGUUACGACUGCAUCAGCAAAUCAGCUUCUGAUCUCAGCCAAAAUUGUCCUGUCCAAAAACAGAUUGUUGCUUGGGGGGCAGACGCCGACUGUAUGGUUCAAUGCAUCCCUCCAGCCACCCUAAAGCCACAAAAAGAUGACACAUACCCUUCAGAACAUGCUUGCAAUGCUACCGGUGUCUCAGCUGUUAACCUCUCUCGGUUUGGUGGGACAUUAGCUAAUGUAACAGCUAAACUUGCUUUUAAAGUUGCUGCUGAAGGAACUUCAUCCUCUUUCCCUUCCGGAUACAACGAGCCUCAGUACUUUGCAACUGAAGAAGCGAAAUUUGGUGAUCGUCAGACAAUCUAUGCAGGUGGCUAUUGUCUUCCUAGCUUAUCUGCAAGUGGUUGUACUGCCUGCCUGAAUUAUGCCGCGAAUCAAAGUGAUAAAUACUGUAAUGGAAAGAGCGGAGCAAGUAUUUUUACACCUGGUUGUGCUCUUCGUUUUGAACUCUAUCCGUUCUACAAGUCCACCAAAUCUGUUGCUGCAUCACCACCAGUUUCUCCUUCUUCUAACACCAGAAAAAAGAGUAGAGCUAACAACAGAAUAGCAGUGUUUACUAUUAUCCUUCCUAUAAUCAGUGUUGUGACACUACUAGUCCUCAUAAUUGGCACUAGGAUGAUCUUGAAGAGAAGGAAGCAACACUGGGACCACAAAGAUGACAUUGUUGGAGCUGGAAGUAUAGAGUCGUGCUUCGAGUUUAGCUUCAAAACAAUAAGAUCUGCGACGAAUGACUUUUCUGAAUCCAACAAGCUUGGACAAGGUGGUUUUGGUGUGGUUUACAGGGGAAGGCUUCCAAGUGGCCUGCUAGUUGCGGUUAAGAGGCUAACUGGUCGUACUGCACAUGGAGAAGCCGAAUUCAUAAAUGAAGUACAGCUAGUGGCUAGGCUUCAUCACAAAAAUCUAGUCAGGCUCAUUGGAUUUUGCUUAGGAGUUAAAGAACGGAUUUUAAUAUAUGAACUAGCACUCAGCGGAAGCCUUGAUCAUAUUUUAUUUCAUCCACAUAGAAGGGAGAAUUUAACUUGGAAGAUCCGGUUCAACAUAAUUGAAGGAAUAACACGUGGACUGCUUUAUCUGCACGAAGAAUCUCAGCUGAGGAUUAUUCACCGUGAUCUUAAAGCUAGUAAUAUUUUACUAGACGCGUCCAUGAAUCCAAAAAUUUCUGAUUUUGGGACAGCAAGACUUUGUUGAAGACCAUGGAAGUGCUUCUAGAAUUGUUGGUAUAUUGUAAGUAAAGUGAGUAGUAUCACUAUCCUGUAAAUGCAAAUAGGCAUGAAGUCAGCUGAGUCUGACUAUAGACUAAAAAGGUCGAGUUUCUGAAUUAUAAUCCACUGACAACGGAAGAGUAACUUGUGGUACAGAUAUGGCACUCAGCAAGUAUUCAGGAAAUUUUCUUACCAUGAUAUUGCUGAUAUUUUGCAGUGGUUACAUGCCUCCGGAGUAUGCAAAAUAUGGAAAGAUUUCAACAAAGGUUGAUGUGUUUAGCUUUGGUGUGUUGCUCUUAGAGAUUGUUACUGGGAGAAAAAACAGUGCAUCUGACAAUCCAAGGCGGCUUGAGCACCUAUUAAGCAAGGCUUGGAAAUGCUGGAAGGAGGGGCAACUUCUAGAACUGAUAGACCCGAUGUUACUGAGGGAAGAUGGGCAAGUCAAUGACAUAACACGAUGCAUUCAUAUAGGACUACUGUGUGUACAAGAAAAUGUUGGGUGCAGGCCUAUCAUGAAAGAUGUAGUUUUAGUGCUUGAAGGUUGUUCCCAAAGCCUCCCAUCUCUUUCAGAACCAGCAUAUCUUAUGGAGAUUGUCAGUGGUGAGCCAAGUGUAUCAACCAUGGAGAAAAAUUUGGCAUCGAGGAGCCAUGCAUCAGAUACAGAUCAGGCAACAAGCGGCCUGUCAUCAUUAUCAUCUGCUGGCUUCACAUCAGUAAACGAAGUUUCAUUCAGUCAUACAUAUCCUGCACCUCGAUGAUGAAUGUAUAUAAUCUUUAGUACUCUUUAUGCAUUGGGAAGACUGAUGCUUGUUCUAAAUUAAGCCCUUGUAACUUUUUACUAGCUGCCUUAAAGUAGUAUACUUUGAAUUCUUAUUACACUUAAAAUAAUUAUAAAAAUC